AUGGAGCAGAUGCAAAUGUGGAAAAUACAUCGGGACGGUAAGCAAUUCCAUAUCCAUUGCCCCGUCAAUGACCAACGAGGCAUUAGAAACGCCCUUCAUCUGGCAAUGAUUAGUCCGCGAGAAGAAGAACAUCUGGAACUGGCCCGAUUGUUAGUAGAAAAAGGGCAAGUGGAUCCCAUGGGAUCAGUCCGAGAAUUUGGCCUCAUACAUUCAUACGCUGGUCCGGUGGACGCCUUCAGAUACCUCAUCCACCAAGAUGAGUUUCUAGUCGAUCUCGAAGAGCGAAACCGUGGCGGAAAAACGAUUUUGCAGCAUCAGAUCUUCCACCGACUCUAUUACGGGGAUUCGUUCGAGCGGAUCCUAGUCCUUUUUGGUGCUGGUCACCUUCUUCCGGGAGAUCACAUUGACGGAGACCCGACCUAUGACGGCUAUUCCGCGCUCCACUGUGCUGCUCACGUUUGGGCUGCAGCGAAGCUGAGAGAAGACGAGCACACAGCGCGGCAAAGCGAGUUGGUUCUCCGGAGUCUUUUGAGUAGAGGAGAGGAUAUACAUAGAGUAAGCGGCCGAGGUUACACGGUUUUAACGACUAUUGGCGAGAUGAUUCACUUCUCCCGCAAGGAUCCUGGGCUUCAUCAAGAUGUCAUAGCUACAUGGCUCACUCUGCUUUCAGAGGCGGGACACGAUGUCAAGGCCUAUUGCUUAAUGGAAAGUACCCUCGAGAGGAGGAGGAGACUGGAGACUCCACGAGAGGAUUUUCAUGUCAUCUUUGAAGGACUGGAUGGGGUGGAGAGAGUUGAUGGCCUGCGUAUAUAUAUCUCCUCACUGGAACAAGUGAUUGAGGUGGAAGAUGAGGAUGAGGGACCCCCGAAAAUUGAGAGCACACGCGCAUCGUCAUCUCCGUUGACUCGCGGUGUUCGGGAAAGGCCUACUGGGGUCAUACUUCCAAAUCUUUCCGUCUUGUUGGGUCUGACAAAGACCACAGUUGCGAUCGUCAUAUUCAUGUUGCUCCUCUACUGCUGCUUCGUCUCAAAUAGGUUAUGGCGUUGA